UAUAUUAACCUCAGCUCUUCUUUCUUCACUACUCACUCACCCACUUCAUUUUAACAUUAUUCACUCUAAACAACAAAACUCAUUCUCUCUCUCUCUCUCUCUCUCGUUCUCUUAUGUACGUGCUUAAACCGCGUAGCUACUGAGAAGUCCAAAACCAGCUUAACUAGCUAAAAUUUAUAGUAACACUACUACUAUUACACUAUUUUCAACGGAGUCAAGUAAUGGGUGAGUGUGAGCCGGUUAACUCGGAGUACGAGUCAAGUACCAACUCAUCCUCAUCCCCAUCCACUCGUACUCCGUCGACGUCAUCAUCAUCAUCUGGGUUAGCUCAGGCUCAGAACCCGUCAGAGGAUAAUGAAAUGGGUUCACCUGAUCCGGACCCAGACCCGAAAGGGGAAAAGAAACGAGCCAGAGACAGUAGCAAGCACCCGGUUUACAGAGGGGUCCGAAUGAGAACAUGGGGCAAAUGGGUGUCCGAAAUCCGAGAGCCCAGGAAGAAAAAUCGGAUCUGGCUUGGAACAUUCUCGACCCCAGAAAUGGCAGCCCGGGCCCACGACGUAGCAGCGUUGAGCAUCAAGGGAAACUCGGCCAUCCUUAACUUCCCCGAACUAGCCGGGUCACUGCCCCGACCCGCUUCCAACUCGCCCCGAGAUGUCCAAGCCGCUGCUUCCAAAGCGGCUUCUAUGGUCGACUUCGACAUUCCCAAAACGAAAACGACGUCGUCGUCAUCGUCAUCGUCCACGUCAUCAACGAGUGACGUGUCGACACCAGAAGAGCUGAGCGAGAUAGUAGAGUUGCCGAGCCUGGGGACGUGUUACGACUACGAGCUGAGUAACGAUUUCGUGUUUAUUGACUCAGUGGAUGGAUGGGUGUACCCUCCACCGUGGUACCACAGCCACAGCCACAGCAGCAGCAUUGAUGAAUGCGGUGGGUAUUUUAGGGAUCAAAUAACUGAGACUGUGAUUCCGAGUACCUUCGACUUCGAGGCUUUAUUGUGGGAAUAUUAAAAUGACUAUAACCAUAAUAAUACCCAUUUCAUUGCUCUUUUUUGAAGUAGCUCUAUUUUUUGUGUGUGAG